AUGUUUAAGAAUAGUAAUUUUUUAAUUGAUGGUGGUUUUUGUGGUGAUGAUAAUGAUGGUUUAAAAGACUCAUUUGCAUACGGAAGAGCGUGGGAUGCAUAUUGUCUUGGUCAGAUAAUGGAAAGUAUUUAUGCUAGCCCAAAAAAUACUUUGACUUCUUCACUUGACAGCCACUCACUAAAUGCUACCAAUAAUGAAAAUGGUGAAAGCAAUCAAUCCAAGCUGCCAUUAUCUGUUCAAGAAACAAUAUCAUCAUUAUUAUCUCCAAAUUGGAGAGAACGUCCAACAAUUGAUGCAAUAAUUUAUUCUUCAGUGCCUGCAAUAGGCUUAUAUGAAAAAGAAACGCUACCAUUACCUGAAUGUAUUCCAGAAGUUUACGAAUUUCUGACUGAUUUUCAUAAAGUAGAUUGGGUAGGAAGACUUAAGUUAGCUGAACAUUGGAUGAAUAAACUUUGUAACCUUGUUGAUGAGGCGUUUUAUAUGAUUUUACCAAGCUUAAUACUUUUAUUUACGCACGAUGAUAUUAAAUUCGAAGCACUAAGCAUAUUUCCAAAGCUAGGCCAAAGAUUAGGUCAAGAUGAAGUAAAAAGCCAUCUUUUAAAACCUAUACUUUCUUUAUUUGAGUCAUCAAGACCAUCAAUUCCAAAAAUAUUAUUUGAAUCGACUAUAAUAGAAGAAUUUAUACAUAGAUUUGGCAUUACAAAUUUUUUACAACAAUUAUUACCUUUGUAUUUGGAAGCAUUGACUAUAGAAGAAAAGGUUCUUUUGAGUCCUUCAAGUGGCAGUAACAAUAGUUUUCAUUUAGAUUUAGCUAAACAAAAGAUUUUGACAGAAGUAGAUUAUGUAUCAAGUCCUGUUUCUAUUCCUACAGCUAAUAAAGAUAUUUCUAGUUUGGACAAUGCAAUUCCAUCAGUCGCUCAACUGGCAAAUUCUGCUUUAGUAGAAAUAUGUACAUUAAUAGGGCCUAUAUUAACUUCUAAAAAUGUAAUGAGACAAGUAUACAAAAUGUUUUUAAAAGAAAGUUCUACUUUGCCAUUUUUAAUGCAAUCAAUUUUUGCAAUUGGAAAUCAAUUUGGUGAAACUUUUGCUCAUUUACAAGUAACACAAGUUAUUAACAUUAUUCAACAAUAUGGUUUAAAUACAAUUAAUAAUGGAAAUUAUUCAAUAAUAUGUAAUAAUUUAUCUCUCUUGGGAAAACUUAUUACAUCAAUUUCAAGUAAUAAAAUUUUAUUAGAAUUUGAAUCAGGAUUUUCAGAAACUUUAAAAAAACUUCUUAUUCAAAUUUUAGAGAAAAAAUUAUCUAUAAGCUCCAAAGUUAUUGAAUUUUUAUUACAUGUUAGUAACAAUAUUACUCAACCAGAAUGGGAAAAACAUAUAGCACCUAUUAUACAAAAAUAUUUUGAAUUGUUUGACAAGAAUUUACCAGUAAAUAAUAUAGAUGAAAAUAUAAUGUCAAAUUUAGAUGGUGCUAAAAAAGAACAGAUGGUUUAUGCGUACUCACAGUUUUGUUCGUUGUUUGAUCAAGGAAUGAUGAGACGUAUUGUUUCUUUAAGCGAAGCAAUAGAAAAUUAUGAUAAUCAUGAUGUUGUUGAAUCUCUUACCCCAAUACUGUUGGCAAAUUCGCCUUCAUCAGUAACAGACACACUAGCAAUAAGCGACCACGCUAGUAUAACAUCAGGAUCAUCAACAGAAAAAAAUAUUCAUAUUAAAAAUAAUUCCAAAUGGGGUGUUAGUUUCGAAGACAAAAGACAAUUAUCAUUGAGUCUAUUGAACGCUAGUAGUGUGCUGUCUACAAAUGAAGUAACGGCUACAAUAUUUACCCCAUCAUCAUCAUCAUCUAACUUUAGCGGUGCAAAUAAAACGCUUUCUUUGUUUACUGAUGGGGCCAGUAAAAAACUCCUUGACAUAAAUAAUAAUGUUAUAUCUGGCGGAAAUUUUUUUGAUCGUUCAAUGAGAUCUAUUAGUAAUGGUCCUGUAAAAAGCAAUACUUUAGGUUCCUCAUCUCCUAUUGUAGCUCCUAAAAAAUCAAAAUUAAAAGAUAUAUUUUCUAGAACAAAAAAUUCGUCAUUUGAAGACUUAAAAAAUUGGAAUAGAUUUUUAUCGACUAAUUCAGAGGAAAUGUCAAACUCGAUGCAAUUUAUGUUUAAUGAUUUAAAAUUAAGGACUUUUCAAGGCCACACAUUAGCUGUUCGCUCAAUAGAUGUUAAUGAACAUUCACGAUAUAUUGUGUCUGGAUCACGAGAUCGCACUGUUAAAUUGUG